AUGGCUCUCGAGGUCUCGGGCGGGGAGCAGUCGCUCAUCCAAGCAAGCCGAAAUGGCGACUUUGCAGUGGUGCAAGCGCGGCUUUUGCAGCCCGAGGUCGAUCCGAGUGCGACCGAUCGGGACCACAAGACCGCGCUCGACCACGCGAUCGAGUCGCGUCGCUACGACUGUGAGGCCCUCCUCCGCAACGACGCCUUCCUCCGCGCGACGUGUCCCGAGUACAAGGCCAAGCACGUCGUCGCCCUCCAAACGGCGUACGCCCACCGCAAACAAGUGCUGGACCCGGUGCUCUUUGGCCGCGCACUGCGCCUCGAGCCCGGCCUCGCGCUUCAGAUGCUCGACAACUGCUAUCGAACGGACGCGUCCCACGUCCUGCAGUUCAACGGCAUGCUCGAGCUCUUUGGCAACGACGACGCCGACACGAGUGCCCUGGACGAGAUUGUGCGCUGCGAGGACGCCGACGCGCGGUCGCUCUGCCUCGAGCACGUCGUGAUCCGGAGGCUCCUCGCCAUCAAGUGGGACAUUGUCGGCGAGCGCAUCUUUUGGAAAACGCUCCUCAUGUUUGCGCUCAUGCUCUUUGCGAUGGUCGUCGCGACCGCUUCCAACUACUACUACAUGUCGUCCAUCUCGCGUGCGCUUGACAACAUCCCAUGCCUCGACAACCAAAGCGGCUUCAACAAGACUACUAUCCGCGAGUUCCGUCGCAACAACUCGCAGUGCUACACCGACUACACGAACGAACGCGAAGCGCUCCAAGGAGAAUUCCGCGACUCGAUGUACACACUCACCACAGUCUGGAUCACGGGCUGCUUCCUCGUCCUCUUCUCGUUGGCGGCGCUCCAAUGGUUGCAUCCGGACCGGCUCUGGCGCGUUGCCCUCUGGGUGCACCUUGGCGUCUGGCCGUCCGACGACGCCGAGCUGCAGAAGCUCCAUGACAACGACAUGAGUCUGUACAAGGCGGCCGCCAAGCGCUACUUGGUGCGGUGCGUGCUUGUAGCCACGGCCAUUGCCAGCGCGGCCACUGCCUCGCCAGUCGUCCAGUACGCAAACUUGGGCGAUCUCUUCACCGCCAUGGUGGCCGUGCCUGCGAUCGUGCUCUGGCUCUGCGCGGGCUACUUUCUUGGCGUCGAGUACGGUGUCGUGUUGAGCUACGACAGAGACCAUCCCAAGUUAUUCUGCCAGGCGACCUCGCGCAGUCAGUACUUGCGGCGGUGGCUGUACGUCUACACGGUCUUGCCCUUCUGCGCGCCGUUCCGUGUCCGGUUUCGGCCGUACUUCAACUCGUUCAUGAACCUCUUCCGGCUCAGCACGUGCUUCCUCAUUCUCUGUGUGCACGUACCGAUUGGGUUUGUCUCGGUCUUCAACGUCGAGGAGACACCGAUCGACGAGCUCGAGGACGGCGCUGACGCUGCAUACGUGGCGUACGUCUACUCGGGUGUCGUCAUCUUUCUCAGUCUCUGGCUCCAAGUCGCGCGCUUCUUCCAAGUGCACGCGACCGCCGGCUACUUGGUCGUGACGCUGCGCAGUGUCUUGGGCGACGUGGCCAACUUUUUUGCUUUCUUUGGCGUCUUUGAACUCGGGCUCACGGGUGCAUAUUAUCUCAUCUACCAGUGCACCAACAACACGGAGAUACCCGACAUGUGGACGACUUUUUACAAAUCGUACUUUAUUCUGUUUGGCGAGACGGACGAAGCGGCCUUCUCCGCGCUCCGAAACACCACCCGAACGACCCGGAACAGCACCAGCGCCGUCCGCGCACUCGAACUGCCGCUGAGCUUGCACAUCUACGGCAUCUCGCUGCGCAUGUUCCACUGCGCGAUCGUGACCAUGGUGCUGCUCAACCUGCUUCUGGCCAUGAUGAACAAGACGGUGGACCGCCACUGCGACACGGCCCGGACGCGCGGCCUCCUGGCAUACGCCGACAUGGUGCUUUCGUUCGAGAAAAUGGCUGGCGUGCCUCGGAGCCAGCUCGUGUACAUUGGCCGCCACCAUAUCAACCCCGUCUUUGCCGAGACUCCGUUCGUGCACGAGCUCGUCGUCGACGUGCCGGCCCCGAGAGACGCGACCUCGCUGCGUGCGACGCGCAGUGCGAUGGAGCUCAAGGCGAGUGGCAAGGUCGCACCAGUUCCUGGCACGACCGACCUCGACGACAUGGACGCACAGCUCGACGCUCUGCUGUCGAGAAGCCGAUAA